GAGUCCAGACCAAUGGGAUGCAUGACUAGAGGGAGCAACUUCCGUUUUGGAGACGGCUUCUUCAACAAGGCCGGCGUCUUGAUGGAGACAGGACCAAGAAGACCGACCGGGAGGAAUCGUUCGACAUUUUUAGUAUAUAUAUAGGCGUCCUAACUUCGAGUUGUUUGUGACCAAAUCGAGAGAGAGAGAGAGAGAGUAACUCUGCAUGGAUCCGAGACUAGAGGAAGCAGCUUAUGCGGGAUACCUCACUUUGUUGCGGCGUUUGCUACAAGAAGAUCGGCUCCUGCUCCACAGGCAAAGCAUCGCCGCGGCUCACCUGUCGGACAGCCCCCUCCACAUCGCUGCAUCGCUCGGCCACUCCGACCUGGUCCGGGAGAUCCUCGCCGUAAACCCGGAGCUCGCGCAUGGCCGCAACCGCGAAGGCCUUUCCGCCUUGCACCUGGCCGCUGCCCAAGGCCACUUAUCCGUGGUGACCGAGCUGCUGCAGUACGCAGCCGCUGCCAAUCUCUGCUUGGCGACCGACAACGAUGGCUUCAUGCCCGCCCACGCUGCAGCCUUACAAGGCAGGCUUGAUGUGUUGACAGUGUUACUGGAUGCGUGCCCGGAGUCCUCGCGAGCUGUGACAUCUCAAGGUGACUCCAUCCUUCAUCUUACUGUGAAAUCAAACAGCUUCGAGACCGUGCAGUUCUUGCUGGACAGAACGGAUGAGAACGAUGAGCUACUCAACUCUGGAGAUGCGAAAGGCAACACCGUCCUGCACCUUGCUGUGGCCAGAAAACAUCUGCAGGCAGAACUAAGCAUGGAUCCGAGACUAGAGGAAGCAGCUUAUGCGGGAGACCUCACUUUGUUGCGGCGUUUGCUACAAGAAGACCGGCUCCUGCUCCACAGGCAAGCCAUCGCCGCGGCUCACCUGUCGGACAGCCCCCUCCACAUCGCUGCAUCGCACGGCCACUCCGACCUGGUCCGGGAGAUCCUUACCGUAAACCCGGAGCUCGCGCAUGGCCGCAACCGCGAAGGCCUUUCCGCCUUGCACCUGGCCGCUGCCCAAGGCCACUUAUCCGUGGUGAACGAGCUGCUGCAGUACGCAGCCGCUGCCAAUCUCUGCUUGGCGACCGACAACGAUGGCUUCAUGCCCGCCCACACUGCAGCCUUACGAGGCAGGCUUGAUGUAUUGACAGUGUUACUGGAUGCGUGCCCGGAGUCCUUGCGAGCUGUGACAUCGCAAGGUGACUCCAUCCUUCAUCUUACGGUGAAAUCGAACAGCUUCGAGACCGUGCAGUUCUUGCUGAACAGAACAGAUGAAAACGAUGAGCUGCUCAACUCCGGAGAUGCGAAAGGCAACACCGUCCUGCACCUUGCUGUGGCCAGAAAACAGCUCCAGACCGUGAAGUUGCUUCUGGGAAGGCGAGGUAUCGAAGUUAACGCCACAAACAUGAGAGGCGACACCGUCCUUGAUAUGCUACUGGAUUCACCCUGCCAGCAUGGAGAUCUGUUGUUGGGAGAACUGAUUCGAGCAGCAGGUGGAAGAACCACCGCCGAAGAAGGGAAGACUCGGCCGAAAUCGUCACCGGGUGAUGCCAGAGCCUCUGCCACUGUCGCGUCACACAGAAGCCGACCAAAUCGUUCUGAACCUAAAGAAAAGUACAACAACAAACCAGAAACACUAAUGGUGGUGGCGACGUUGAUCGCCACCAUCACAUUCGCAGCUGGGCUGAACCCCCCUGGUGGGUUUAAGCAGAAAGAUGAUGGUGGGGCGACUCCCCCCAAUGCAGAAGUCAACUUUGAUGAGAGUUCAAGUGAAGGGGAGGCAGUUCUAAAAUAUGAUCUCGAGUUAUUCCUGCUGUUCGACAUGUUCGGGUUGUUUGCAUCCUUGAGCAUCAUCCUCUUGUUGAUAUGUUGUGUGCCCAGACAGACUAAAAUGGUGACGGGAAUCCUAAAGUGGAUUCUAUGGCUGGCGGUGUUCUCGACGGCAUUAGCAUUCUCGACCGCCAUUGUGCGAAUAUUUUCCUAUCAGCUCUGCACUGUCAUCCUUCUCAUGAGUUGGUUCGGAAUUCUCAGUCUCUUCAUGAUUUGGGUGUGCUUUAGAGCGAUCAGAUACUUGUUGCGCAAAGGUGGAUGCUGGAAGAAGAAUGAUGGAGAAGGAGAAAGUCAGGGGGGCCCCACAAGGGCCGUUGCCAUCUGCGCGAAGAUUGUGGUGGGCGCGUUGAUGAUAAUUAUCUUUGGAGUAGUUCUUAUUGUAAAUUAUUUAGUGUUUGUUUAUAUAUUAAAUAUGUCAAAUAAUAGAAUAAUAUGAUCUAUCAUUAUUCUUAUAUGGUUUAUCCUUUAUCAUCUUUUAAAGUUACUUUAUCUUAUUUUCAGAAUGUAAUUUGCUUUUAUGUAUUUUGUUCCACGGUAUAUAGUAAAUCUGUAACUUUAAUCAUUA